AUGACAUUGUGAUUUAUAGUGAGAGCAGGUGGAGGAGAAGCUAGAGAGGUGGAGGUUUGCCCUGAAAAGCAGAGGAAUGAAGGUUAGUGGCAGUAAGACAGAGUACAUGAGUGUGAAUGAGAGGAACCCAAGAGGAAGAGUGAGGUUACAGGGAGAGGAGAUGAAGAACGAGGAGGAUAUAAAGUAACUGUGGUCAACAGACCAGAGGAAUGGAGAGUGUGAAAAAGAAGUGAAGAAGGUUGGAAUGUGUGGAGAAAAGUGUCAUCUGUGAUAGAAGAGUUUAAGCUCAAAUGAAAGGGAAGCUGUGGAGACCAGCCUUGUUGUUGGGCCUAGAGACGUCACUGAGGAAAGGACAGGAAGCAGAGCUGGAGGUAGCAGAGAUGAAGAUGCUGAGGUCCUCUUUGGGACCAGGAUGGACCAGGAAUGAAUCCAUCAGUGGGACAGCACAUGUUAGAGGUUCUGGACAUAAAAUCAGACAAAGAUGGUUCAGACUUGUCCAGAGGGGAGACGGUGAAGUCUAGAUCUGGCAGGCAAUAGGUCUAGAGGAAGACCAAAGAGGAGGUUUAUGGAUGCAGUGAAGGCAGACAUGAAGGUAGCUGGUGUCAGAGGAGAGGAUGGAAAAGACAAGGUUAGAUGGAGGAAGCUGAUUGGCUGUGGCGACCCCUGAAGGGAAAAGCCUAAAAGAAGAAGACGUGCGCGUGUGUGUCAUAUGCUUUCAACCAAGUUGAAAACCGACCAUAAAUAUCAGUUUUUUUUGCAUGAAUGCAUGACAUUUAUAUUUGUUUUUUCCCCUGAAACAACCGCAAAUACACUAAGACGUCAGUCUGGCAGUUUUUGAAGCGCUGGGAUCGGAUGCCGUGAAGACGCUUGGGGCCUGCGCCGUGACAGCUUUGGCGCCGCCCUGUGGCCGCGGGUGGCACUGCUGUUUUUCUCCCCGCGGUAUGGAGAACCCGUCUGCGGAUCUCAGCGGAGCUUCAGCGCUGUCUGUGCGGGACGGCUGAGGCUGGAGCAUCAGUCCUACUUUUACCCCCGACCAGCCUUCUGUUGUCGGAGCGACCCGCAAGCGGUUUCCGCUCACGCGGAGUGUUCGCGUAGCCGUCGGGCUGGACUUUCCUUCGGAUCCCUCUGGAUUAAGACGGGACUCGGCUGUGAUACCGGCGCGAACUGUGGAUUAUUUCCCACAUCUCUCGUGAACGCGGAGGCUGUUUGUUCGCGAUUUGUGAAGGGGAAAAAAGUGAAAUUGUCGAUGCCGAACAAGCGGACACUUGUUGAGGCGGAAUUCGCCGAGCGAACCUUCGGCUGCGUCCGUCUUUAGCUUCUGAUGCUACAAACUUUCCCGCAGGCUCUGAGCGCGUGCGUGGGGCGGAGAGCGGACCGUGACCCGCAGCUCACGGCAGCCUAACUAAGAGGGCUCGCUGCCGCCGUUCGGCUCCGUGUUUGUCAGUUAGUUUGUUAGUUAGCAGAGACGGCUAACGUCAUGUUCGCACUCAAACAAGUGGUUGAUAGAAAUGUUCUCCCCGUCCCUCCUCCACGCCGUUAACUCGGCGUGAACUACUGUUUUCCGGUCAAACGUUGUCGUGGUUGAACCACGGACAUCGGUGGGAUUUUAACUCGCAGCGCGUAGUUCUUAAAACGAUCAAUUUCCAGCUUAAAGUUAGCUUAGCCGCGUUAGCCGCGGCCGAACAAACGUCUGCCAGCCAGCGCCGCGCGCACUUUGUUCUGCUUCUCCCAGUGUCUGACGGGGUUCUGUGACCCCUUCCAACCGAAGCUCGGGUCCAAAGACCCCCCCCCCCCCCCCCGACACCCCGCGACCAACUUCUAGUUCUACGUCCCAGCAGCCAGAGCUGACCAGCGGCCGCAUCAUGUCCGGCUCCCCGGGCGCCAGUGGCUCAAAUCCCAGGAAGUUCAGCGAGAAGAUCGCGCUGCACAACCAGAAGCAGGCGGAGGAGACGCGGGCCUUCGAGCAGCUGAUGACGGACCUGACGGUGUCCCGGGUGCAAUACCAGAAGGUCCAGCAACUCCGCUUGUCUCAGUCCCGCGCACCGUACUACGGCGGCUCCCUUCCCAACGUCAACCAGAUUGGGAACACCAGCAAUGAGUUUCAGGGCGGCUUCUCCUCGGGGCUGGACUCCGUCAGAGGGACACGCCACCACGGUCUGGUUGAGAGGGUCCAGAGGGACCGCACCCGCAUCACCUCCCCCCACCGCCGACCCGUUGACAAGCACGGAUGGCAGGUUGAGAGCUCCCCGUACGGAGCGGCAUACCUGUCCCCCCCUCCGGACAACAACUGGAGACGGGAACAGCAGCUGUGGACUGAGGAAAAGCGGCCUGGGUUUAGAUUAUUAGCACAGCUCAACAGAACCAACUCAGACUCGGCUCUACAUACGAGUGCCACAAAUCCGAACCCCCAGGACCCGUUUGGCAUGAACCAGCAGAUGGGCCGAGGUCCUCCACAGCGCAAUGGCUGGCAUGUAGCUACUGUGAACGAGACUGACGUGGACUGCUCUGGAGAAGUCUUCUCCUUCCCUGCCAUGUUUCCUGAGGACGGCCUCAUGGGGCUCAGUAAGCCUCUGCCCAAGCAGCUGUGGGACGCCAAGAAGGUCCAGUCUCUGGCUUCAAGACCCAAAUCCUGUGAAGUGCCUGGAAUAAAUAUCUUCCCAUCUCCGGAGCAGAACCCCAGUUUGUCCCAUUAUCAGGGUUCGUUUGGUACUGGCGGCUCCCUGCCUGACCUCAGCAACCUGCAGUUCCCGUCCCCGCUCUCUACGCCGCUGGACCCUGAAGACACCGGAGGGUAUCCCAACUUGAGCGGUGGCAGCAGCACAGGGAACCUGCCAGCUGCAAUGAUGCACCUGGGCAUUGGCAGCUCCCAAGCAGGCCUCUCCACCUCCCUCAGCAAUCCCUCCAUCCAGGCAUCUCUCAGCAACUGCCAGCUGCAAUCUUCACUCAGCAACCCCUCCAUCAGUUCCUCCCUGCGCUUAUCCAGCUCCUCGCCCAGACGGCGGCCUGCUCCCAUCAGCCCCCUCACCCUGUCUCCAGGGGUGGAGCCGAGACGGGGUCUUACCAAACAGAUGUCUCCCACCAUGUCCCCCACGCUGUCCCCCAUCACGCAGGGGGUUGCUUUGGAUACCAAUACUAUGCCAAGGGAGCCUCCCCCACCCUACCCACUCUACCAACAGUCCCAGCACGCUGUGGAUGCGGGGCAUCAGUGCCAGCAAUCCCACCAGCAACAGCCCCCACCCAUGCAUCAUCCGGGUUCCCCUUCCCAGAACAUGCAGAUGGACUUUACCCCGGGCCAGCACAACAGUGUGGCAUCAUUCGAUCCUUUCAGCGAGCAACAGUUCUCUAACCGGCAGAGCAGGACCCUUCCCUACCAGUUGGAUCACAUCAGUCAGUUGGAGAACUCCAUUGGCUCCACUGCAGGGGGAUCCUACUUCGAUCCCUCAUCCUCCUCCCUCUAUCAUUCGCAGGCUGCUCUGUUUGGGCUGGGGAGCAGCCUGCAGGACCACAUGCACAUGAAGCACAUGCUGUACUCGAACUGCAGCGGAGGACUGCCCAACAUCAUCCUCACCGAUGAGUCCAGCUCCAGUCUGUCCAAGGACGUCAGCGGCGCCCUCUCCACGGUCCCUGAAGGCUUUGACGUGGAGGGGGGGUACCCUCUGGAGGACGAGCUGCACAUCGAGCCGCUCAGCCUCGACGGUCUGAGCAUGCUCAGUGACCCCGACAUGGUGCUGCCGGACCCGUCCGUGGAGGAUUCUUUCCGUAGCGACAGACUGUGAGCGUGGCACAUGUGCGUGCAUGUACUGAGGGGCCACGUGCACGGGCCCGGGGAGAUCCAUAGACUGAUGGUCUCUGGCACGUGCACAAGCAGGUUUGUAUCCGUGCACGAAGUGGGGGGGGGGGGUCUCCACCCACCCCUCCUUAAAGCCAAUGGCGCUCAGAAAAGCUUGAGUCCAGGUUCUGAGUCUGCCCGCAACCAUGGCAACAGCAGCAUAACCAUGGCCACGUCCCAUAGCAACCCCGCUGUGGCCACGCUGGAGUGUGGAGGUAAAGCUUUCUUCUGAGCGCGCUCAGAUGUUUGCCACAGAGUACAUAUUUAUACUGGUCAAAUGUCGCCGCGGAGUUUUAUGGAGACAAAAAGGGCAAAAACUGUUUACAGGUUUGAAUCCGAGGAGUGCAGCUCAAACUGAGACCUGAUCCUGGACUUUGGGAAGAACUUUCCUCCAUCCUUCAGACCCAAAUCUUUUUUAUCUGUUUUGUUUUUUUCUUUUCUGAAUUGAGAGUUUCUGCCAAGUUCAGUGUUUUCUACUGAAACCAGGAACUGCGCUGCGGCGUCGCUGGAUGCCCCCCUCCCCCCCGGCGCGCUCCUGGCCCUCCUGAUGUGAAAUUGCACUUGACCUCUUUUGCACUAAUUGGAGAAAUUCCCUGACAGCCCAAAGAACCUGAGCGACACCACGCAGACGGACCCCCCCCCCCCCCCCCGUUGGAUCCAGCUCAUGUAAAAUACUCACAAUAUUCUGUGGGGGGGGGGGUGUCCUGGGGUUCACUUACCCCCCAUCGCCCCACCUGUCUCUGCUGCCUUACUUUGUCCUGUUGCGUCCCCCCCCCCCAUGCCCCCCAUGGCUGUGUUGUUUUCAGCCCCACCUUCAAAUGUACAGCUGUGUUUUCCUCUGAGGUUCUGUUCACUGAUGUUCCUGCAGAAUCUGCACUUUCUGGGUUUGUAACCAUUUCCAGCUUCUUCUGGUUGAACUAAAUAAAGCCUGAACUCCUGAA